GCCAGGGGGCGGGGCCUCCGAGCAAGCGGGUUCGGGUGUCUCCCGGCUCCAGCCCUCGCUGCUGCUCCCGCCGCCGCCGCUUUUCACCAUGGGCAACGUCCUGGCUGCCAGCUCUCCGGCCCCCCCUCCUGCAGUGUCAGGGCCGGGCUCUGGCUUAGUAUCGGUGCCACCGGGUUUCUCCAUGCCUCCUGUCACUGGACUGGUUCCCCCUGUGCAAGAUCGCAGUGCAGAAGACAAGUGUGACCAGCUUCCUAACCCUGGCACCUUUGAGGAAUGUCAUCGUAAAUGCAAAGAAUUGUUCCCUAUUCAGAUGGAGGGGGUGAAAUUGACGGUAAACAAAGGUCUCAGCAGUCGCUUCCAGGUCAAUCAUACAGUGGCCCUCAGCACAGUCGGUGACUCCAAUUAUCACUUUGCGGUGACGUAUGUUGGGACUAAGCAGCUAAGUGCCACAGAGGCCUUCCCGGUGCUGAUGGGCGACAUGGACAACAGCGGCAGCCUUAAUGCACAGAUUAUCCACCAGCUCACAAAUAAAAUUCGGUCCAAGGUGGCCUUUCAGACGCAGCAAGCGAAAUUUGUGAAUUGGCAGGUGGACAGUGAAUACCGGGGUACAGAUUUCACCGCUGCUGUCACACUAGGGAACCCCGAUAUUUUAGUAGGCUCAGGGAUCCUGGUGGCACAUUACCUACAGAGCAUCACGCCAUGCCUGGCGCUGGGCGGGGAGCUGGUGUACCAUCGACGUCCAGGUGAAGAGGGAACUGUCAUGUCACUCGCUGGGAAGUACACAGCACCAAAUUGGAUUGCGACUCUGACGGUAGGACAGGCCGGUGCGCAUGCCACGUAUUACCACAAAGCUAGCGAGCAGUUGCAGGUGGGGGUGGAAUUCGAAGCCAGCACUCGCAUGCAGGACACCAGUGCGACGUUUGGGUACCAGCUGGAUCUACCCAAAGCCAACCUCCUUUUCAGAGGCUCCAUUGACAGCAACUGGGUCGUGGGGGCAGCCUUGGAAAAGAAGCUGAUGCCGUUGCCCCUGACGUUAGCGAUGGGUGCCUUCCUGAAUCACCGCAAGAACAAAUUCCAGUGCGGCUUUGGCCUCACCAUUGGUUAAAUUGCCCUUCUUCCUCCUCCUCCUCCUCCUCCUCACCUCCCUUCUGUGCAGCUCAUGGCCCCCUUGUUUCCCACCUGCAUCUUUGUGGGGCACAAAGGGGGUCUGGAAGACGUAUGGGGGUGGGGAGCGGGAAGGAUGCCUUCUCCCCCCCACCCACAAGGAGCAGCUGGUGGUUCUCAGGGAACCCAGAGGCAGGGCUGUGUGUGGGAUUGGGGUCUCCAGCCUUUGGCCCAAGGUACGGUUCGCAAGAUCAGAAUGGUAACCCUGAUUUAGGCAGGGCAACAGUCGUGGCUUUGCUGCCCUCCUGCCACAAGGGGGCGCUCCAGCAUUGGGAAUGGGGAAAGGCGUUCUUUCUGAGGGACAGGGCUGCGAGAAGUCGAAAAGUCUGGGGCUGGGGGAGCUUAGCAUCCCCUCCCACCCCCUUUUGCCCCUGUUUCCUGCCACGUUUGCUACUUGCUUCCACCAGCCAGGAAGGAGAGAUCCUACUUCGAAGGUUUUCUAAACAGAAAGUCCUGUUCAGGACUUUCCUGCAUUUAAAAACCUCCAUUCCCAUAGUAUGGAACCUUCCCUUGCCUUUUAUUUUUUUGUUUUUGUUUUUGGGCAGGGGGUUUGGUUCUAACUUCCCUGUUGGGUUUGCAAAAGGUGAAUUGCAAUCGUGGUUUCCUUGGGCCUGCUUCGGGGGGCUCCGCUGCGGCCUCUCUUCUUUCUUCCCUGCCGUGCCACCACGGUCAUCAAGUUGUUCAGGAGCUGCCUUUGGGUCUUGGCAUUUGCUGGUACGGUGUUCCCCAACCCCCCCAUACUCACCCACCCCUCUCCAGCUCAGACCUCCCGUCCUGUGCAUAAAAGUUUCAUGGGGCCAUCUGGAGUGAGAGAGAGAAUGAGAGACAUUGCUGCCCUGCGUGCCGCCACUCCCAGGCCCUGCAGAGAUUGUUGGGGAAUCUCUGUGCACUUUCCUCCCCUCCUGCCACCAGAGACUGUCUGUAAAUCAUGUUUAUAAGUUAUGGGGGGGGGGGAAGGAUCUUUUACAAAUGGAAAACAAAACAACCUCACAAGGGGAGUCACCUCCUUUCUCUGCAAAGUUCAGAAUGUCUGGUUUCAAUAAAACCCAUCUACAAUC